CUAAGAGAGUCGCUUCUUUCAAACGAGCAAACAUUUCGAAUAUGUGACGUGGAGUGUGAGUGCCUCUGCCCGCAAACACAGCCGAAUGGGUUUUUAGAUUGAUUUUUUUAAAGGUUAAGGCUACGAUGAGUAUUUGCGCGUCCUGUUCCUCCUGCUGCGUCUGCCAUGAAGCUACGAAGAUUUUUUGAAAAAUUGCCGUGACGGCCGUCGCCAUUGGUUAAGUGACGUGUUUCCGUGCCGAAGAGACGAAGACCAUGCAAGGCGGCUUGCAUUACCAGGGCCCCUCGGCCUACGGGCCCUCCGCAUAUGGGACACCGACUUUGCUCGGCAAGAGUUUUUACAGUGGACCCAGCAUGCAACGUACAGACCUUUCGCUUUCGCUUGAUUUCCAAAAUCUCACUGUAUUUUUGUAAAAUUCGCAUCUAGUAUUGAUGUCUCAAGUCGUGCUUUUCAAUCACUCCACAGGCUCCACCCCGACCCAGGCGAGCAGAGGGCCGAAUCCGAUGGCAACGGCUCCACUCCUACGGUUUCCGCCACAACCAGGAGAGGGACACAAUUCUCCAGAGAGGGCGUCCCGCUCCGGGUCUGCUCCCGAUCCUCAUUUAGGUACUUAAGUACUUACAUACUCUGCAUUGAUGAGCAGUAGGUUAGGUUUUGAACGCGUAUCAAAAAAAUAGCUCGGUUCUGGUUUGCAAUUUAGCGCGGACAUUCUUGAUCAUGCAACACAGUCGGGCCGCACGCAGACAGCGUCUAUCGAACGUUCCGCGAGCUGGUCAAUGACGCGCAGCCGAACUUGCGGUUAUUGAAGACGAAAACCGUUUCCACGAGGGCAAACAAGUCCCACAGCAAUCACAACCACCAGCAGUACGUGCAGCAACUGAGCCAAAGCCAAACCAUAGCUCCACCGCCCCCACCGGUCGAGGUGCCGUUGGCAGCCACGAAAAGCUGUCCACCCGGCGCAGUAGAGCCUACCAGCGUAACGCGCCGCCGCGCAUCGGCGGAAGCAAACCCGCCGAAUAACGCUCCUGCGCCGAGAGAGGUACUUGUUUUUUCGAUUUUUCCUGGCAAUUGAUUCGAGGAACCUGAUGAAGGAGUGUGCCGCAAGCACAACCAAAAUGACUGCUGAGGUUUCUUCAUUUUUUCCAUAUUCUUUUACAUACAGCCUUCCGUGACGUCAAAUGCCGAUAACAUUCGGCGCGUUCUGGCAAACCGGCAAGAGCUUUUCCAGCAGUCGCAAGCUAUGGCGAGGAACCCAGCAGCAAACCGCGCGGACUCGCUAGACCGAACGCACAGGAAGUUGUCAUCCACGUUUCAAGGCACCAACGUCAAUAACAACGACGGAGACGCCACACCCGCCACGAUCGGUGGCGGCCGCACCCCCGCCGCACGGCACCCCCGGAGCGUGGCGGCGUCCGCGGCAAGCACACCUGCGGUGCUACCAGCACGACGAGAUCGCGCAGGGUCGGGCUUUGCACCACCGCAAAGUUUUGUUUCCGCACCGCAGCAAGACGAAGGCUCGCGAUCGGCUGCCGAUACUUACCCUGAUCCCGAUCCAGGUCGGGGUAGGCCGCGACUGGGCAGCGAAGGAGCGGCGCUCGGAACAACGAAUCAUGCGACCGCCAGUGGCGACAUAAGCGGUCCGCCGAACCCAGCCAGGCGUGCUCGUGCGAAGAGUAAUGCGGUUGCGGGCAGCUUCGAUGCAGCGGGGAAUCGCAGACAGCCGGUGCGAAAUCUGCACGCAGCGAACGGAGGCCCGUCGACCAACGCAACCAGUAGUCGCACCAGACCGGCACAGAAUGGAGGCAUGAAUUCGGAGAGCAACAGCGUCCAGGAGCCACUUCUUUCUGGAAGGACGGGGACACCUUCGCAGUCUUCCAAUUCCGGUGCGCCAGGACCCGCUGCUGCGCCUCGGCGUCCGCGGCGCCCGCCGGCAGCGCAAGAAUGGAACAAUGACACGACCGUCAUGCACAAGGACCCGACACCUCUUGAGCCGAAGGGCACGAAUUUGGCAGAGCGGCGGAAGAGCACGCCCGCAUCCCCACUGGUGAGCAAGAACUCCCCUGGCGUGUCUGCACUGAAGGUCGGCGAAAGCAAGGCAAGUUCGUCUACCGCGGGCGCCAUUCCAGCGACGUUACCGCGCCGUCGGAAGAAGCCCGAGAAUGCAAGGCCGCCCGGCUUCAAAGCCGCACCGCCGAUGAAAGCGGAGCCGAAUAAUAUUACCAACAUGCCGCAGUCGCCAACGAAUUUGAGUACUAUCAGCUAUAUUUUUUUGUUUUGGAAUUCAAAGUCGGAACGCGGUGGUUCUUUUUGUCUUGCUCUUGUCGCUUUUGCACUUUUUCAUAAUUGAAAAAGUAUACUACAGAUGACCACUUUCCCGCUCCGCCGGUAGAAGGGACUGCGUCGUUCCAGGACAUACACGGCAUACCUCCGCAAGGUAAGUUUUUUCGUGGAGUUUGUGCUGCUGCGUGUGGGGUUCUCGUGCUCACGAUUUCAGAGCAAUGUCAAUUUCUGCUUCUGUCGUGUGUGCAAUUUGAAUUUUGAAUCCUCUACCCUAGGUUCCUACAUGUCGCAGCGGCAGAGUCAAUCCUUCUUGCAUGCGAGCGACCGUAGCACCACUGCAGACGAAGAGUACGAAAGUUCCUUCCACAUACGCACGAUAAAAGGCCCCGCUGACUUCAACCCCUCGCCCUACCACCACCCGCCGCCUCCUGGUGAUAAUGCGGGCUAUGAUCAUUUCGGAGGUGGAGGUAUACACACAAGCGAUGACUUGUCACCGGACGUCGACGAUCAAGACCCAGGUGGAGGUGAUCAAAAUGAAGGCGACCGCAUACCAUGUCCACACUGUGGCCGGCGUUUCGCAAGAAAGCCGCUCGAGAAGCACGUGAAGGUUUGCCAGAAGGUGUUUAUGAAGAAGCGAAAGGAAUUCAACGUCGCCGCGCAACGCAUGGAGGAGGAGCAAAAACAAGCCCUACGGAAGGAAACACUGCAGGAGAAACAAGCCGGCCCGCUGGUGAAAAACCAGAAGUGGAAAACGAAGUCUGAAGAAUUCCGGAACGCAAUCAGGAAUGCGAGGCUCAUUUGUAUACUUAACGCUACUUUUGUUGUUUUUGUGAUUUGAUAUUGCUAUUGGUUUUUCGUUUUCCCUACUUGUUGUCUCUGCGAGCGUUCGCUGCUCGCAGGUGGACGAAUUGUUCAUACACCAAAAAACCAACGUUCUUCUUCCGCAGCCGUCGCCGAGAAAACGGGUGGCCCCAUGCCGGAGUUCACGCCCACAUCAGCCGCCGCGGACGAUCGAGUACCCUGUCCGCAUUGUGGGCGCCGCUUCGCGGCCGACGCCGCGAAGAGGCACAUUCCAAAGUGCAAGGACACGAGGGCGAAGCCGAACCGUUUGAUUGCAGGCUCGCGAAACCCGACGACCUUGAACAAAACAACACCUUUGCCGAGCGGGUCUUCCAGCUCCUCGGUCGGGGGUGGUGGCGCCGCGGCGAGAAACAACAAGAAUCGGUCGCUCAAACCCGGGCAGAUGGCGGCAGCACUGCAGAAGCGCAGGUAGCACGAGCAUGUGAUAGCGUUGCCGCUGCUUUUCUCGGAACCGGCGCAGCGCGUUUUCACGAUUGUGUCGACGCGAGAGAAAUUUUCACGUCUUUUACCAGUCUUUUACUAUCACGAACCCUCAGUGACGAGUCCAGUCUUUUACAUCAAGGUCAACAGAAGCUGGUGCAACCAUGUUGCGCACAAGCUCAACGAGGUCAAAUCGCAAUUUUUUGAGUCAACAAUAGUCCACAAGGUUUGUAUGUUAUCAGCCGGGCUGAAGAUCUACAUCUAGGAGACCCCUGGGCGCAGUCUCGUGACUGAGUUACGCACUCCGCCACGUCAAACCAGAUCGAUUUGCAAGUCUUCUGAGCGCUACUCCGCACUACGUAAGUCUUCUUACGAGCUAAGUUUUC